AUGAGAGCAAAGAGGAAGACAAGGUCUGUUAUUGAUGAAAAAAAGACAUAUGCUGAUCAAGAUGAGGUUCUAACAAUGCUUAGGAUCAAUAAGCGGAAGGAUAAUUGGCCUUCUGUUAUGUUUGCAAUGGCUGGUGGGGUUGUCCUCAGCCUCGGAAAUCUAUCCACACAGUAUGCCUGGGCUUUUGUUGGUUUAUCAGUGACAGAAGUCAUCACUUCUAGCAUAACUGUUGUUAUAGCUGUACAUUCAUCCAAUGCAGCUGAUAAUACGGUAAAGCUCAAAAGUCUAAGAAAUGACAACAAAAAUGGAACAGAGACUAAAGGUUCUUUCACAUCCAACGAAGCAUUUCAAAACAAGGGAGUAAAGGAUUUGGAAAAUGGAAAUAGUACUGCAGAGAAGGCAAAAGCUGGAACAGCAGAUUUCCUCAUAGACCUUGAGAGCAGAAGAUCAAUCAAGGUGUUUGGACGGAGCACUUUGAUUGGACUGUCUAUGACUUUCUUUGCUGGUGUUUGCUUCUCUCUAUUCUCGCCAGCUUUUAACUUGGCAACAAAUGAUCAGUGGCACGCCUUGAAGAAAGGGGUUCCUAAACUGGUUGUCUACACUGCAUUUUUCUGGUUUUCAGUCUCUUGUUUUGUACUUGCCAUCAUUCUAAAUGUGACUUUCCUUUACCGCCCUGUAUUGAGUCUACCUAGAUCUUCACUUAAGGCUUAUCUUAAUGACUGGAAUGGUAGAGGCUGGGCAUUUUUGGCUGGCCUCCUUUGUGGGUUUGGGAAUGGCCUCCAAUUUAUGGGAGGUCAAGCUGCAGGAUAUGCAGCAGCAGACGCUGUUCAGGCGCUCCCACUUGUGAGCACAUUUUGGGGCAUACUUAUUUUUGGAGAGUACCGAAAAUCAUCACGAAGAACAUACAUUUUGCUUGUAAAUAUGUUGUUCAUGUUCAUUGCAGCUGUUGGGAUUCUGAUGGCAUCGUCGGGACAUCGAAAAUGA